AUGGCAGAAAUUCGACUCCUGGCACAAGAAAACGUGAUUAAGGCUAACUUCUACAUCGUUGAUGCGCACCUCCUACCGGUCAACUUCGAUCUCCUCAUCGGCCAGAAAACUCUUCAUGAUCUUGGGUAUCGCCUCGUGAAUGUUGAUGAGAACAAGGACGACUCGGACCAAACAUGGGUGGACUAUCUUGCUCACCAAGGAGAACUACUUGCAGCCCAUGAGGACCUUGAAGGAAUCAUCAGGGCACGUGCCCUCUUGCCUGACUGUAUCUGGAGCUUCCAGGGCCGCCUUAUGUAUAAGUGCUCGAAAGAAAGUUUGUGGUUUUCGGACUGGAGGCCUCACCCGAAUCAGUUGUUGGCUGAGAAGGAGCUUGAGAGUAUCAGGAAGGACUACAAGCAGUAUAUAGCGCAAUACGAAGCUGGCGGUCGCGACUUUGCGAGUCAACAACGUGCGGCUGCGGUUGCGGACAGGAAGGCUAUUCCGAACGACUUCCGGUCUAUGGUCAAGGAUCUCAAAGAGUUCCGGGCUGAGAUGCGCAAAUCAUUGGCCCGUGAGGACUGGGAAGAGGGCUUCAAGCGCUUGGCGCCUUCGAGGGAAAUUGUCACAUUCACUGAGACCAGAGAUAUCGAACAAGGCAAGCCGAAGGAGGAGUUGUAUUCCUUCUAG